AUGGGUUUCUCUAAUGUCACUCGUGUUCCCGUCCGCCGCAAUGGUGACUACAAGGCCAAUGGCACCAAGUCCCUUGUCUGGCUGUACAACAAGUAUAACAUUACUCCGGUCAGACCAGGCCGGUAUCAUCGCGACAAGAAGCAUCGCCUUAUGAAACGUCAGGAAGAUGGAUCCUCCACUGAAGUCACCGCCGAAGACCAACAAAAUGACGUCUACUAUACUUGUCCCGUCGCCAUUGGCACUCCUGGCCAGCAACUUGAAGUGACCUUCGAUUCUGGCUCUGCUGACUUCUGGGUCUGGUCCUCCCAUCUGCCUGACGAGAUCAAGAAGAGAGGAGCCGAGUCAGGCGCAGCUAUCUAUGAUCCCCGCAAGUCAUCCACUCAGCAGCCCAUGCCUGGGAGCACUUGGCAUAUCCAAUAUGGGGAUGGCUCUUCGGCUUCGGGAACAGUGGUUACAGAUAUUGUCAAGGUUGGCGACAUCACGAUCCAAGGUCAAGCUGUCGAGAUUGCCAAUCGAAUCUCUGCCUCUCUCACUACCCAGACUGCCUCCCAGGGCAUUCUGGGCCUGGCAUUCGGCAACAUCAACACCGUCACCCCUAAACCCGUCAAGACCCCACUGGACAACAUGAUUGCCCAGGACGAUAUCCCCAACGACCAAGAGAUUUUCACCUGCUACAUGGGCUCUUACAAGGACGCCAAGGACCCCGACCACGGCGAAUCCUUCUUCACCUUUGGAAACAUUGACAGUGACGUGGUCAAUGCGACUGGUAGAGAGAUCUCCUACACACCCAUCAAUGACACCAACGGAUUUUGGGAGUUCGCGUCGGAAUCCGUUGUCAUCAACGGCAAGAAAAUCGCGUUGCCAGGAAACACGGCCAUUGCUGACACGGGCACGACCUUGAUGAUCAUUGAUGACGACCUAGUUGAGGAGAUAUACUCUGGGAUCCCAGGCGCAAAAUACGAUGAAACCGAGCAAGGCUGGUUGAUCCCUUCCAAUACUCCUCCUGACCAGAUCCCUGACGUCGCUUUCGCCGUUGGUGACGUGGAGAUCGUGAUCGAGAAAGAACACAUCGCUUUCGCCCCAGCCGAGAACAACUCCGAAAUGGUCUACGGCGGCAUCCAGGGCCGUGGUAAACUGCCUGUCAACAUCUACGGCGAUACCUUUUUGAAAUGCGUCUAUGCAGUCUUCGACGCCGGGAAGAAGCAAUUUGGUGUUGUCCAGCGGGUCGACCCCAGCCAGAAGAUUGCUUUUUAG